GCCACAGCGCCCUUGCGCCACGUCAGGGAAGGGGAGGUCUGUUCCUGGGAGCUGGCAGGGAGAGAGACAGAGACUCAGACACGCACCAAGUGACUGUUGGUUUUAACACGACCAACCGAGGGGUUGUUUGGAUUCGAUAUCGGAUCUGGAUAACAAAUGAUGUCUGCCAAAGGAAAGGGUGCCAGGUCUGGAUAUAGAGGCAGUGUGAAAGCUGCUCAGAAUUUUUCUGCUAAUCAAGAUGCAGAACAUCUGUACAACGCGAUGAAAGGAUUUGGCAGUGAUAAAGAAACCAUCAUUGACUUAUUGACCUCUAGGUCCAAUGCUCAACGCCAGCAGAUCUGCACAAGCUACAAGACUCUCUAUGGAAGGGAUCUGAUUGAUGACCUGAAGUAUGAACUGACGGGGAAAUUUGAGAAACUGAUCAUUGGUCUCAUGAGACCUCCUGCAGUAUAUGACGCCAUCGAGCUGAGAGAUGCAAUCAAGGGACUGGGAACUGAUGAGAAAGCUGUGAUUGAGAUUCUUGCUUCCAGAAACAACAAGCAAAUCCACGAGCUCACUGCAGCUUACAAAGAAGUGUUUGAGUCCAAUCUGGAAGCAGAUCUUGUUGGUGACACAUCGGGACAUUUUAAGAAGAUGUUGGUGGUGCUUCUGCAGGGGACCAGGGAAGAAGAUGACGUAGUCAGUGAGGAUCUAGUGGCUGAGGAUGCAAAGGAGCUGUAUGAAGCCGGAGAGCUACAGUGGGGAACCGCAGAGAGUUCGUUCAUUACUAUCCUCGGAAACCGGAGCUUUUGUCACCUCCAGCUGGUGUUCGAUGAAUAUCAGAAGAUCGCUGGGAAGGAGAUUGAAGAGAGUUUGAGGGGUGAACUGUCGGGUGAUUUUGAGAAGCUGAUGCUUGCUGUGGUCCGAUGUGCCAGAAAUACCCAGGAAUAUUUUGCUUCCAGACUAUACAAGGCAAUGAAGGGUAUGGGGACGAGGGACAACACUCUGAUCCGGAUCAUGAUUUCCCGCAGUGAGAUCGAUAUGUUGGACAUCAGGGAGGAGUUCCGCAUGAAAUAUGAGAAGUCGCUGCACAAUAUGAUAAGGAGUGACACCUCCGGAGAUUACAAGCGAGCUCUGCUGCGUCUGUGUGGGGGAGACGAUGAUGCUGCAGGUGAAUUCUUCCCCGAGGCUGCACAAGUUGCCUAUCAGAUUUGGGAAGUCAGUGCGACCAGACGGAUCGAGCUGAAGGGAACGGUGCGGCCAGCUCCCGAUUUCAAACCAGAAGUGGACGCCAAGGCCCUCCGCAAAGCCAUGAAAGGAUUCGGCACUGAUGAAGAAACAAUCAUCAAUAUACUUACUCAGAGAAGCAAUGCACAGAGGCAGCAGCUGAGACAGCAGUUCAAAUCCCAGCUGGGCAGAGACCUGAUGGCAGAUGUGAAAUCGGAGGUAGGUGGUCCACUGGAGAAGAUUCUGCUUGGCUUGUUGAUGACUCCCGCUCAGUUCGAUGCGAAGCAGCUGCAGAAAGCCAUCAAGGGUGCGGGCACAGAUGAGAGGGCCCUGAUUGAAAUCCUGACCACCAGAACUAACCAGGAGAUACGAGCGAUCAAUGAAGCUUACAAGGAAGCCUACCACAAGAGUUUAGAGGAUGACAUAAGCUCGGAUACGUCUGGUCACUUUAAGAGACUCUUGAUCUCGCUGAUUCAGGGGAACCGAGAGGAAGGUGAAGCAGAUCUAGCCCGUGCCAUGGAGGAUGCGAAGCUUAUAUCAGAUUACCUGGAACUGUGCGGCUCAACCGACGAGGACUCGGGCUCCAUGGAAUCAAAGUUCAUCAGCAUCCUGUGCAUGAGGAGCUACCCCCAUCUCAGGAGAGUUUUCCAAGAUUACAUCAAACUCACCAACAGAGAUAUUGAGCAGACCAUCAAGAAUGAUAUUUCUGGAGACCUGAGGAAUGCACUGAUUGCUAUCGUUCGCAAUGUCAAGAACAAGCCAGCGUUCUUUGCUGAGCGCCUCUACAAAUCGAUGAAGGGUGCAGGAACAGAUGACAAGACCCUGAUCAGGAUUAUGGUGUCUCGGAGUGAAAUCGACCUGAUGAACAUCCGAUACGAGUUCAAAGAGAUGUAUGAUGCAUCGCUGUACUCCUUCAUAGAGGGUGAUACAUCAGGGGACUACAGCAAGGUUCUGCUGGCGCUGUGCGGUGGUGAAGACUAGGAGACGUCAUCCCAUUGGACCAUGUCGAUGCUGUCCUUGACCUUCGGAGAAAUAGAGGGCAGAAACCACCGGUAUCCACCGCCGAAACGAGGCCGUGAUGGGACAUUGACGUGUGGAGAGAGUCACCAAUCAUCCAACAUCCCCAGGCAACACCAUGUUUGUAUCCAUCAAAAUGCUGAACCAUGAGCUGAGGUUGGCAGUCCCAACCCCCUCUUCAUCAUGAGCAGUCAUCCCAGUGAAUACAUCUUCCAUCAGCUCACAAUCCAGCCUCUAGGUGUCUGUGUUAAGUGUUGGUCAUUACUGAGUCCUGCAGUAUAAUAUGUUCAUGUUUCUUUGUGUAGCUCCAUGGUUGUCCCUCAGCCCUGGUACUGGAAGGUCUCCCUACCCUCCACCCGUCCACCCCUCCAUCCCUCCACCCCUCAAAACCAGUCGCCUCAAUGUGGUGGGCACGCUGCCCUGGUACCUCAAAGUUGCCCUGCCCUCAGUGCCGUUUUCACUCUCUCCAAACUCCACGGGAUCCCAUAGGAUCACUGUCAGAAUCCUUAUUCCUCACUUUCAGAAUGUUGCCAUGUCACCUUCGACCUCCUCCGGGCAACAAUCCCAUCUGCCCCGGCUCCUGGUGCUUCAACCUCAGUCUCCCCGCUCCCCUCUCGAUCACUCUCACUCCCUGUCUCUGACAAUCUCUCACUCUGCUGCCUGAACUCCAACUUUCAUGAAUAUUUCAACCAUAUUUCAAGCUAUUAUUUUCAGCCUAGAGCUCUCAUUAUCAAAAAUGGUGUUUGAAGAUUUUGAAGAUGUAUCUUCUGUGCUACGGGGCCGCAUUUUCAAUUAGACUCGUUUCCACCUUCGCUGCACACCUUCAGGCCCCAUUGUUCAUUCCCUCCUCCUCCCUCACCCUCUCCAUUCCCCACCCCCACUUUCUCCACCUCCCCACUGCCCCCUUCCACCACUCUCUCACUGAUUCUCCCACCCUCAGUAAACCAAACCCCAUUUGGCCCAUUUAAUUCACUGUGCUAUUCAGUGAAACCCUGCUUGAUCCACCAAUCCUCAACUGUACUUUCCUGCCUAUUUUCCCAUAACCUGUGAUGGCCUGACUGAUUUCCCCCUCGAAACCAAAACCCAGGGAUGUACCCAGAGGUAUUUAGUUCCAGGUUUAAGCUCAAACAAUGGUCAUCCCUGGCCCUUGUGAUGAAUUCCACCCCCUCCCUCCCUCCCAAAGGAGAGAUACUAACUCUCUAGACUGCUCUGGGUUGUUAAAAACACAGCUGUGAGGAAAAUCAUCUGGAUGUUGAAAAAGUUAGGACUUUUAGAACAACAAAAAAACAGAAGAGAAGUACAGCACAGGAACAGGCCCUUCAGCCCUCCCCUAUUUCCAUCUGUAAGUGAUAAAGUUAACGGAGGUGAGUGAGGAAAAGGUUUUUGGUGGGUCAAGGAAUAGAUGGUACCUAUGCCCUCCCCCAACACCAUUCAUCUGAGGGUCAGAAUGGAGCACCCUGCCCUGACUCUUGGCAUUGAGAAGCACAUGGCAGGGGCACAGUAUGUCCCCAGCGGGCCAACAUUUGCCCAUCUCAGCCCCCAUUCUCUGUCUUCAGUGCAUUCUAAUGAUUCUUCUCAAGCCCUUCCCUGUGCUACAAACAAGCUUGCGUUAUUUUCUUAAAAAAAAUUCAAUAAAAUUGUGAAGGUCCAGAAUUUGUCAUUCUGUCCUUUUAUGAAGUCGAUGAGUAUAAUUUAAGUCCUCAGACGUUUUCCUCCCAUUCUCUGGUGGUUGCUCAGGAUGAAGGAUAACUUGUUCCCGGUCCAGUUGAUUGAGCUCUGAGUUGGCUGAUGAGUCUAAUCUAAUGGCAGGCUGUGCCAUUCUGGGGCGAUGCAGGAUUGGGCAUGGGAUAUUGGGUGGAUGAGUUGCUUGGAGGCUCCCUCCAACGCCUCUCCCACCCCUGCCCCUUCCCAACAAAAAAGGUGACAGGGAGAUGAUAGUAGUGGUGGUGGUAUUGCUGCCAGACUCUUAAUCCGGAGACCCAGGUAAUAGGUUCGAAUCCUGCCAUGGCAGCUGGUGGGGAUAUAGAUAUCUCUGGCUGGGCCAGCAUUUAUUGCCUAUUCCUAAUUACCCAGAGGGCUUCGUCGUGAAUCUAAAUAAAUAAAUAAAUCAGGAGUCUAAUGGUGUCCAUUGUCUAUUGUACCAUCUGGUUCCUUAGUGUCCUUUCAGGAAGGAAAUCUUAGCCAGCUUGGCCUACGUGUGACUUCAGACCCUCAGCAAUGUGGUUGACACUUAAAUAGCCUCUGGGUAAUUAGGGAUGGGUAGUAAGUACUGGUCUGGCCAGUGAUGGCCACAUGCUGUAAAUGAAUAAAAGUCUUUCCAAUUGUU